AUGGCAACCGCCAAAGCUCAAGUCAACGACAAGCGGCUGGAGGCCUCAGUUUCAAACAAAGGUGACUUUCUUGGCGAACCGCCCAACGACCGAGAAUUGAUACGAGCUCGAUAUGUGCUUGCCUCCCACUGGGAGGUGUAUCCUUCUGAAAUAGACGACCCAGAUGUUCUGAAUGAAAUCUGCAAACAGCAUCAAGUAUGGAUCACAAGAAUUGAAGAGACCAAAGCCUGGGACGUCUAUAGUGAGUCAUCAGCUGGUUUGCAAGAAGCUAUUCAUGCAAUCAACCAAACUGUACAUGACCUGCGUCUGCAAAAAGAGCUUCUUGCUCCAGUGCUUGUCGUUCAGAAAAGCUCCAGAGUUACCGAAGACACCCGCAUAUCAGUGAAGCCCAAUUCAAGACCCGAAGUGAUGACACCGCUGUCUGGAUCUUCGGAUGUACUAAGAACUGCGGCGAGCCUCCUCCAAACGCUUCGCCCGCAUCUCAUCAAUUCUACAGAGUGCGCAAUGAGUGUGGACUCUGAACUUAGAAUGCGUGUGAAUUUUGGCAGAUUGAAGGUGUUUGUGAGGCACAAGGGUAUAGGCAAUGUACUUACCUAUGAUGAAUGCAUGGACGCGGCCAAGUCAUUCUCAAUUCGUGGAGGCAUUGGCCUUCAUGACAGGCUGAACGAGCUCAAGCUCCCCAAUCAUAUUAUAAAGCAUUUACUCGCCUUAAACGGGGACGGUGGCCUUCGCUUGGAUCACAAGACUGUAAAGCGCACGUAUUCCCUAGCGCUGAGGCUACAAGGAAAAGAGGUAUGUCUGGAAGACUGCGUGAACGGCAGAUUCGAUGUAUCCCGAGCCAAGAUGGGAUUUGCAUGUCCAACCAAGUGGAUUAACUGGGUAAUGGCCACCCCUGACAUGAGACUUGAUUGGGGCAUCAGAGCGGACGCGUACGAGUUUGAGAGUGUACCAGCCGGUAUCGACAAGCUUAUCAAGGAGUUGCAACUUAGGCCGGCCACAUAUGAAGAGGACGGUGAUUUUCUUAAGCCAGGCGAGGUGAUAGUUGGUCAAGCUGAGGAGUGGCAAGGCAGGAUAUCGGAAACUCGCUUGAAGACGACAUUUGCCGUGGAACUUCACGACACACCCUAUAUGCUGGAGAUAAGCAUGACUCAGAUUUGGAAAGGGCUCAAGACGAAUUUGAGGGCAAAUGUUGUGUGGGGCAUUCAACUCUAUGGCAAGCACUGGGAUUCGGCGAUGAAUCAACUCAAUCCACAUAGUCGGAGGAAAGACUGGGGAGAGGGGCAAAGGAAUGUUUGGGUUGGGACGGAUCCAGACCUAGGGAAGAGGUUCCAAAGCUUCCUUGAAGUUGUGUUGCAGCUCCAACAACAUGUGGAGGAUGUUCCACCCUUAGCUUUGGAGGAGCGCGAAGGUCCCCCAAGCGCGGCCAAUGAGUAG